AUGGACAAACACGCUAUGCAGUUGACUGUUGAUCCUUAUCCAGUGAAGGCUCGGACUGUUGAUCUGUGUCCAGGCGCUAAAGAAGAUUUAGGAGAACGAUUGCGGCAUUAUAACCGCAGAGUGAACAAAACCUUUGCUUUCGAGCAGGGUAUCGGAUAUUACUAUCAGUUUGAUAUUAUGCUGAAACCAGAUGUCGAGCAGAAUGCAAUACUGCCAUAUGAUAAUAACCGGUGGCCAGGGGCAAUUGUACCGUACGUGAUUGCUAGCACAUUUAAUGAGGCUGAGCGUUUAAUAAUUGAAGAAACGAUGCGUCAUUAUCAAUCUUUAACGUGUGUUCAAUUUAAAAAUCGUACUAAAGAUGACACUAUCUACCUUAAGAUUGACAACACAGCAAGUGGAUGUUGGUCUUACGUAGGAAGAAGUCCGAACAACGCCUAUAACCUAGUAAACCUACAAAAAUCGGGUUGUAUAACCAGUGGUACAGUUGCUCAUGAGUUAAUGCACGCUCUUGGAUUCUACCAUGAGUUCACCCGACCAGACCGCGAUGAAUAUAUAACAAUUAACAUUAGUGCUCUGGCGCGGGAGUACCAAACAGAAUCAUUCUACAACGCUAACUUUGCUAAGCAUACGAACGAACAAGUCGAGCUGUAUAAUAUUCCCUACAACUACGGUAGUGUGAUGCACUAUUCAAAGUAUGCAGGGGCGGCAAGCCUUGACAGCCCAGUUAUGAUGCCUAGAACAACUGCUGCCAUUAUUACUAUUACAACUACUACUGCCAACAAAAUCUCAACUACCACAAAACCACAGUGCCGACAAAAACCACAUGUGUGUGGUAUUAUCUUCUAUAAACAUUAA